GAGAUCAGCCUAGAACAAAGACAGAAGGGCACACUCUGCCAGGGUAGAGACUAUAGCAAGGGCAUCAGGACCCCUUGCUGAGGAUUUGGGUUUUCUGGCACACACAGUGUUAGCAGGACUGUCUGCUGUAAGGGCACAAGGAAGGUCCAAAUUCUUCUGGAUAUUUAAAUUGAUUUCACCAGAUCACUGAUGAGAUGAAUUGUGCCAGAAAGUGAUUGAAAGUUACCCUUCAACAGGAGUCAGAGCGAGAGAGAGAGGGGCUUUCUCACUAGCCGGCUAGCUGUGUCUGCGGUGUCCUGGAGCCUUAGCCUUUUGUGUCUGGAAAAAGGGAUUUAAAGCAAAGGCAGAGGGGGGCGGCUGAGGAUAUAACGGGUCCGGGAAGUGGGAAAUACACAGGAAAUUUGGAGAGCAUCCGGCCACUGAAAGAGUGAAGGGAGAAUAGGAUAAAGUGACAGAGACAGAUCAGGGGACACAGACCGACAUGGACAAGCAAUGUGGGAAAUGAAUAAUUUGGGCUUAGACCAGGACAGACGUUUCUCUUGUGGAACCUAAAGAAACAUCUUUGUUACCUAUGCUCUUCUCACAUCUGUCCAGGAAACUGUGACUGCAGUCUUGUUUUCUUUUGUCUCUUUGUUCUUCCUCAAUCUUUAAUCCACAAAUGUCUACUAACAGAGAGCAGCCCAUUUUUAGCACCAGAGCUCACGUUUUUCAAAUUGACCCGGUCACCAAAAAGAACUGGAUACCAGCCAGCAAACACGCAGCCACUGUUUCAUAUUUCUACGAUGCCACACGGAAUGUAUAUCGGAUUAUCAGUGUUGGUGGCACCAAGGCCAUCAUCAACAGCACUAUUACCCCAAACAUGACCUUCACCAAAACCUCGCAGAAGUUUGGACAAUGGGCUGACAGUCGUGCUAACACAGUAUAUGGGCUGGGCUUUGCCUCUGAACAGAAUCUAACACAGUUUGCGGAGAAGUUUCAGGAGGUGAGGGAAGCUGCUCGACUGGCCAGAGAAAGAUCUCAGGAUAAAACUGAGCUUACCAACCCUGCCCUAAGUCUCACAUCACAGCAGAUAGUACCUUCGCCAAUCAUCAGUGUCAAUGGACCAGCAGAUGACAAGCUCUUUAGAAGCCAAAGUGCAGAGAUGGAGCUCAGUACAGAGAGGGAACGAGUGAAGAAAAUGCUCUCCGAAGGUUCUGUGUGUGAGGUUCAGUGGGAAGCAGAGUUUUUCAGCCUCCAGGACAACAACAACAAGUUGGUGGCUGCCCUUCGAGAAGCGAACGCUAAUGUUGAGAAGUGGAAGAAGCAGCUGGCAGGGUACCAAGAGGAGGCUGAAAGGCUACGGCAACGGGUUACAGAAUUGGAGUCUCGAACUACCCUGGACACUACAGCAGAGCAGGGAGAUGAACUUUCUGAGAGAUUACGAGGCCUGGAACUACUUCUUAAGAGCAAAGAGGAGGAAAUAGCACAGUUGAGAGGGCAAAGACCAGAUCUUGUGGAACUGGAGAAUGAGAGAGAUGAUCUACUCAAGAGACUGGAGGAAGUGGAAGAACGAAACCAGGAACUAGAGAAAGAUCUUCAGAAGGCGGAAGAACUUCUCAAAGACUCACAUGCAGAAAGAGACAGAGUACGGGAAGAGAUCAACAGAGCCGGGGACGAGCUGGAUAUAAAAAUCUGCCAACUGAACGACUUACGCCUGGGACUCUCUCAACUCCUAGAGAGUAACUGAGGAAGUAGCUAGAUUGGGCUUUGGAACUAUUGAUUGUGACUUUAUGCCUCUGGAAUUUUAGGAGGUGACCGCAAGACUGUUUCUUAGUAACAAGGGAAUAAUAUGGGCUUAGAUUAUUUGAGAGUGUAACAAUGUAGUCACACUUUAUUGUAUUUACUGGCUCUGCAUCCAUAAAUGUUAGAUUUCUAGCCCAGUUGUACACAUAGCAAAAAUCAUUUGAACCCCUACUGCAGAGACCAGCAUACUCACUCUCUUAUUGGCAUCUUUGCGCUGCAAGUGUGAUAGAAAAUAGAUUUUGUUUUCUGUGAUUUGUAGCAAACAACAACCAGGAGCAAAAGCCAUUUAACAGAACCAAAAUACACUAAUGGAUUGCAAAUCAAUGGGUAGCUUGCAAUUCAGAUUCCCGGCCAGGGUCACGUUAAGGUACGCUUUAUAUACCUAGUGCUUUCUACAUCAUCAACUCAACUGCAAGAGACACAUCUCUUCCUGUGAAAUCAUACGGCCAGCUCUGUAACUGCCUUAAUAAAAUCAAUUUCUACUGUUACGUAGUAGGGGCAAGGGGAAGUAAAGGCAUGUACCCCAAUUACUUGUAACCUUAAAAAUGCUAUAUGCUCAGUGUCUGGCCCUUAUGGAUCUAGGAAAAUCACAGACAUAUACAUAGAACCCGAACUAUCACAUCCAAAAACCAUCCUCUCCAAACAAGUCACAAAUCUUUGUGGAUACCACCCAAAGUUUCAGCCAAGAGAAUCUUGUAUACAUCUUAACUCAAAACCCAAUUUUUAAUUAUUAUUAUUUUUUUUUUGUACAAAGAAUAGUUGUAAAGCAAAGAGCUGACAGUGGAGCAAUCACCACGGAAACUAAUAGAAUAUGUCUGCAGUUUGCUCUAUUUUAGAACUUUGCUCUCCCGUUGCUCAUUCUGUGUAACCUGUAAAAAUUCUGGAUAUUCUUGUUCCGGCCUGCUUCUUUAACUCAGAUGGUGUUUUCACCUUGGCCUUUUUUUAUAUUCAAGACAGCCAUAGAUACAAUUUAGAAUUACCCCUUUUUAGUAACUGAUAUCUUGAAUUACUCACAGUAGUGGUAUGUUGUUACUAGUGGCUGGCCACAAUAAUACUGUAGAAAUUAGGUACCUGUUCAAAAUGUAAGAGGUUGGUUAAUAUUUCUAAUUGCAAGUAUGUGUAUUUAUAUAUCACACACAUACAAAAAACAUGUAAUAGGACUCGACUUCCAAUGCAUACAGCCACAUGUAUCCACAAGGUAUGUAAUGAUUUUCUGAGAUUUUUAUUUCAAAAUUUAGUACUAUUAGGACAUAGAGCUGAUACACUUUUUACAAAUAUGUUGUGUUUUAUAUAACAUCAGUAUUUGCAGUGCUAUACAGAUAUCUGACAUCAACAAGAGUGUAAUAAUAUGGCUAUAGUGCGUACAGUUGCAACAGGGCAACUGUCUCUAGAGGCUAAAACGCUAUGUACUGUAUAUGAUCUUGUUCAUUGAUGAUCUAGUUGCAAGAGGAGGCAACCUUCGGCACUCCAGAUGUUGUGGACUAUAUCCUCCCUAAUGGCUUGCCAGCAUUAUGGUUAUAAGAGCAUUAUGGGAGAUGUAGUCCAACAACAUCUAGCAUGCCGAAGGUUGCCUAUUCCUUAUCUAAUGUAAAGGAGCAAAGUGCACUCCCAGGUACCUUGCCAACUGUUCUGUAGUAAUGUAUGAAAGUGACUAAUAUGUUGAUAUCUGACUACUUAAUUCAUUACAUUUUGGAAAAUGGAAACAGCAGGAAAACGACAAAUUCUACAUUUCCUCUAUAUUUAGAUAGAACCUUAAAGAAACUUAACUCGGUUUACUAUAAAUCGUACAUAUAUGACUUCACUACAUUUUAGGUUGGAAAAACUUAAAGGAACAUUUCAAGCACCAUAACCACUAAAGCAAGCUUAGCUCAGGCAAAGAGCUCUGGGUUCCUCAGAGAGGCUAUGACUGGCACCCAGCAGACUCCACGAAAGAUGCUAAACCAUUAGUAAAUGGUUGGUCCAAAGCAUAGAUGCCUAUGACAAAUAUGUAUUUACAAUGUGACAGGCAAUGCAGAUGUUUAAAUAAUGUAAGGUAGCCUUUUAAUUUGUGCUGGGUAAUGGCCCUUUAUUUUAGCACUUUAUUUAAAUAGUAUUUUGAUUAUGUUUUUAUUUUGGGGGUUGUAGAGUAAACGUAAAUAUCAAAAAUGAAUUAAAGAUUAAUAUUACUGGUUUAUUUUCUGAUCACUUUAAAGUGUCAGUAUUUACCAUUGCUUGACAAACAAAAACCUUCACAUCAAUAAUUAGUCAAAUAA